AUGGGACUCGCACAUCUUCCCGACAAAAGACGGAAUCGAUCACGAGGAGAUUCUAAACCAAUUUCUUUCGCUCGUCAACACCCGUUUCAAACCCCGUUAUUCCCACUGGAGAAAUACCACAACGGAUUCCUACCUGCUGAAGUACGCGCCGCAAUCAAGACCAUGAAGGCAGCCACGGCUCCGGGACCGGACCACGUUUUGGCCGAUCUCUGCUGA